AUGCUGAAGUGUUCUUUUUGUAAAAAGACUUUCGAAGACCGGCAAGCAUUGGGUAAUCAUAUUAAAAAAUACUUGGAUGACAGUGACGAUGAUUCAUCUUUUCCAAGUCAAUCAAUCUCUCAAGAUUCAUUUGAAGCGACAACUCACGUUCUUGUUGAGAGAAACAUGUCUGACAAACAAAAUAUUUCUGAGAAAACUGAAGACAUUGAAUUAUUUAGUUGUACAAGCGAUUCUCAAGGCAGUAGCACAACAGAUAAUGAAUCUGUAGUAUCUGAUUUAUCAGAUGUGACAGACAUUGACAUUAGCGAAUACGAUGAGUACAAUGAUUUACUUUCUGGAAUACCAAAAGGUCUUGAAGAUAUAUAUCAAGAAUUUCCAUUAGAAGAAUAUGCGGAAUUCUUGCACAUAAUAACAUAG